AAUAGAAGAAGAGAAAAACAAGAAACAGUCAACACGUCUCCUUACCUCCUGCGGGAUAUUGUGGUUCUUAACCCUGCAUCACUCAGUCGAAGACCACAUUUCUUUUUCCCAAACCGAUCAAUUUUUAUCUCCUUCAAUCACAUUACAUGAUCGACUCCAUCCCGACUUUCUGACGCUACAAGUCUCGCCCGCAACGUCUGUUCGCAGGUCCCCACUUGAUCCUGACCCCAUUCAUCUAGCCUGCCUCCCAUAUCUUACAUACAUACCUACAUACCACUUUUCCCUUCCAAUUCUUCCAAGUCACUCGUCCACCAUUAUCAGCACUGUACGGCUAGUGCAUAGGACAACUGCCACGCAUUCGGAAACCCACUUCGUUGGGUAGCAGGACAGCUCCGCCAUUCCUGAUUCAGUGACUGGAUUCACUUAUCAGGCACGCAAGCCCUCGGCAUGGCGAAGAAGUCAACUCCUUCUGUUGCAUACUUUGAAGAGGCGGACGACGACGGACAUCUCAUACCCGGCGCUGAACCUAAAUACGCCCGCUCCACUCCGAGCAGUCCUUCUAAAGAAAAACCUAACACCGGUAGAUCACGCAAAGAUUCGACGAGGAGAGAAAGAUCACCUCCCCCUUCAUUCUCAGAUUCUGACACUACCGAACCUCCUCUCGUCUCCAAGAGAGACUCCAGAUCCAGCAAGAUGAAGGGAGAUAAGAAACGAGAUCCCCUUGUCAAGCAGCAGCGUCCUGCUCCCCGCUCGCACAAGACCGCUCCGUCGGCCCCAUCACGAAUUUCUGAUGAGUCGUCUUAUUACGGAAUUCAUCCUCAGCAGACCGUUGCCGCCUCCAGACCACGGGCUCGUACCAGACCUGAGUCUUACUACGGCCAACGCCCACCCCUGUCAACAUCAGCAUACGCUCAUCAACCGCCGCCGCCGCUUUCUGCGCAUAUGGGGCCUCCACCACCAUUCCCGCCUCCUCCAUGGAUGGCUGGACCGCCGCCUCCAAUGGGGCAUGCACUAGUCCAUCAACCCAUCCCUUCUCCCACAUACUCGGAAUUAAACCUUCCCAAUAGAGAUUUGGCAUCACGAUUUCGUCGUCCUCAAUCAGCUAUGGGAUUUCAACCCCCGCCUCCACCACCCGAGUACGAGCCAUCGAAAGAGAAGGCCCUCACAAGAAGGACAUCUGUAUCAAGGAAGGUUAGCAAGAACCACGACGAGAGAGACCGGAUGCCACCACCUCCACGUCCGGCUUCUACACAACCGCCCCGAGAACGAUUGGUAUUCCGCCCGCCACCACCCUCCCACACAGCUUCAAGGAGGAAGUCUGUCGGGUUUGAAGAUGACGAACUCGUCGACGCCGAUCCUUCUAUGUAUAAAGCCGUGGCACGGCGUGAAGUAGAAUACGGUUCCGGUGCUCUCCCUUCCUUUUCUCGACAGAGACACCAGAGCUUCGAUGCAGAGUCGGUCUUUGACGUUGAUCCCUCCUACGACAUGGAGCAAGCACCGCGUGGCCGACGAAACUCAUUCUACAACUUUGAGGACAAGGUACGUGACGCUUCUCGAUAUCAAGAAGACGUCAGCGGAGGAGGUGGACCGCCAUUGACAGCCGAGGCCUUGCGUCGUGUGAAGAACGAUGGGAGCAGCCGCUCAACUCGAAGCAGUGCAAGCCGUGACGAGAGCGACUAUAAGCAAUCUGCGACAACACGAACGACGAGAUCGAGCAGUGCAGAUGAUGACAUCACGAUCAAACUCCCUAUGGGUGCCGUUAUUGAAGUCGGAAAUACUAAGAUCCAUUGCAAGGACGGUGGUGAUAUCAAUAUUGGCCGUGGUAAUGGAACCUCCCGCGCGGGAGGUAGCGACCCCCCAGCUUCUACUUACGGCGAUGACCGGAAGAGUCGGGCGGAUCGAUCAGUGGCGCGAACUCGGGCCAGUUCGCAAGCCGGAUCAUACUCCCGUACACGCCACGCUCCGCCGCCUGUCUAUGCCCCCCCGUCUUCUUAUGCUCCACCGUCUUCCUACUACGACGACUACUACAAUUCUCAGUACCCAGCUCCCUACCUGGCUUACCACGAUGAUGAUGAUGAUAGCGAGUAUUCUUCUUAAUGCCAAGUCGCUAAAUUGAAGGAAUCUAUGAAUUUUUACGCUUUGUUUUUGAUUUACUGGGCAGCGGUUUACCUUUUUUUUUUGCCAUUUACAUUUGGUCAUUUGAAUAC